ACGAGUUGUCGCUGAUCUGCGCCAAGGCCGGGUCGGCGAGGAGAGAAUAUAUCUCCUUCUCUCUGCCUCGCUUCGCUCGAGCUCCUCAGUCGAUUUAUACGUAUAUACGGGAGAGCAGCAACAGCGAAUUCGUCGCGCGCCAGCCGCAGAGCAGAGAGAGAGAGAGAAAAGUUGUAAGCCGGAUCUUUCUCUCUGUGCAGUUCUCGCGCAAGAGUAUUUCCAUCCGCACGCGCGCGCCGCCGGACUAGUAAAUUUCCGAGCCGCAAGUGCAUUGUGUGUCCGUGUACGUGUGAGUGCGUCGCGCAGCUCCGAACCCAAAGUGUUUCGACGUCCAUUUGUUCCGUUUUUCCUGCACUUUACUCCGCUCUUAUAAAGCUUCCAGACGAUUUAUUUGUGUCGCUGUGUUUCGCCCUUUUUUCCCUUGCUUUUGCUGUUGUCUCGCUUUUUUGGAGCUGUUUGGCAUGCUGGAAAACUGAGGAGCUCUCGGUAUGGUGUCGAGGCGGAGAAUCCUGUCGCGCUCGCGGGACAACCUCGCGGACGCGCAGUACGAGCAAGAGGAGGAGGAGGACGUCUGGUACAACAUGGACAAACUGUUCAAGGAUCACAUACAGGAAGUGCUGGACAAGUGGAACCAGAUCGACGACGAGAUCUGGGCUAAGGUCAUCGUUUUCGAGAGGAACCGACGCGUCGCCAAGGCCUACGCCAGGGCGCCGGUGCUCACCGUCAACGGCUCCGACGAUGGCUUCGAUGGAUUUAGGAUAGGACUGUGCGGCUUCGACAAUCCGAUGCGCGACGCUCGCACGGAGGAGGCGAAGAAGCACAUAAACCAAGGAGUGAAAAUUAAGAUGGACGAGCAGGGCAACAUACUGAUAAAGAGGUUGUGCAAGAGCAACGUCUACGUGAAGGCGACCAACCAGGAGGACAACGCUAUUGGACCCGAGAUCAUACGCAACUCUCAGGGUGCACUCGAGCACGAGAAACCCGGCAAGUUGUUCGACAUGAACAAAUUCCAAACGAACCUGUCGCGAGAAACGAGGCGAUCAUAUCCGGACAGACGGAGGCUGGAGACUCAGUGCCUCAGUGCAGUGGUGUUUGUGCGUACCGAGGCCGACAUACUCCAGUGCCCCGUCUGGGUACUCAUCGUCAAUGUCGUGGGCCUGGACAUGCUCAAGUCAAAACUACCGCCAGUGCUGGCGCUACAGAGGCCGGUGGACAUAAAGAACCGACCGCGCAUCCCGAUCCCCGACGAGGACCCGUACAGCGUGGCGACCACGUCGUCCAACAGCGAGGCCCGCCACGAGCAGAUUUACGCCGCCUAUCAGCGCCAACGCGGCGAGUCCGGCGGGCAGCGCGCCUCGGCCGGGUCGUCCGGGGCCGCGGCGCACCGACGCGGCGCCGGCAACGGCCUGGCCGCCGGGCCCAACGAGAGACCGCCGAAACUGCCGCCAAGGGAAAAUCUCUACGGCCACGACAUACCCAAGAUGCCGAGGCAGGUUUACGUGAAGCCGGACUACGAUGACAUCGAGGACGACUACGUGUCGAGCUCCGCGAGGGCGCCCGUCGUCGAGGACAAGAAGAGCAAAAAGGAGAACAAUAAGAAAUACGACGAUCCAUACUACUGCGGGCUACGAGCGCGUGUGCCGAAUUUCGUGAAAAUGGCCAAAAGCUUGACGAGCAACGGCCAUUCGAACGGGCACUCCAAGUUGCCGUCCGGCUACGUGCAACGUGCCUCCCAAGUGCAGCCACCGCAGCCACAUCAUCACCAUCACCACGCAGUUUACGGGCAUGGCUAUCCGAUAAGCCACAGUCAGUCGUCCCAGAUCUACGGCACAACUCAGGCGCCGAUGCUACCCAACCCGACGAAGAGAACUUCGAUCAUGUAUCACGCGAGGAGCUUCGAGAGUGGACUCGAUUCGGACGACAGAAUCGAUUCUCCAUACAAUCACAUUUAUGGAAGGUUACCCAUCCCGACGAGAGGCAUGAUACCACCAACGCCUCGCGGCAUGUACAUCGGCGAGUGGGACUAGGGCAUAUGAGAAACAGUUCGGCUUCUACUAUCUUCACUUCUUCAUCAACUUCUUCAGCACUCAACGAUGAUGACAACCCACCGCCCUCCUUCUUUCUACCUCCCUUUUCUCUCGCUCCGCGUCACUUUUACCUAUGACAAUUUUGUAUAUUAUUAAUUUUACUACAUGAAUACUCAAGUGUUUAUUUUCCUUCUCUUGAUGCUCUCUUUCUUCAUUUUCACUGUCUUACGAUAAGCUAUGUACUUUGAUUAUUUGUACUCGAAUUAUGAGGAAAUUUUGUAAAAUACUAGAUGUGAAUUGUUAAUCGUAUGUUUCUUUGCAGUGUAUUAUGAACAUAUUAUAAAAGAAUAAAAUCGCGAAGACUAGUGUGCCAUGUCAAAUGGAGAACAGAUGGCAAGCUGCGUCGACUCUCUUUCUCUCUUCUAUCGAGUCGGCAUGCGGAUUUUUUUAUUUUUUAUCGGAAAAACAUAGUUAAUGCGUUAAGUCAUGUUUUAAACAUCCU